AACUAUUAUAUCCAUUCUACUUUAUUAGGGUAUUUUCUGAAGUCAGCAGUGCCGGUGUCUUUCAUGCGUCUCCGGGCGGUGCGCCUCUACGGGCUCCUGGCGGCGCUGUGCUGGCUCCUGGAUGUGCGCUCCUGCGGGGCUUACAGGUGUCCGAGCAUCUGCCGCUGCAGCCCGGACACUUUCCAGUGCAGCAGGGACUCUCAGCUGGCCUCCCGACGGACAUCCUCCGGAUCCGCGCCUCCACUGAGGUUCAGGCAUCUGCCCUUGAAACAAGUCCCCACUCACGCCUUCAAGGAGCUGAUCAACAUCACGGUGAUUGAGAUUUCCCAGAGCGACUGCAUCACGCAGAUCCAGCGACAUGCCUUCCUCUCCCUCCACAGCCUGGCACAAAUUUUCGUGCAGAACAUCAUCAGUCUGAGGUCUAUUGAAAAAGGGGCCUUCACUGACCUGCCCAAACUGGAAUACUUGAGCAUCUCUAACACAGGGAUGACAAACUUCCCGGAUUUUACAACCAUCUCGUCCUUGGUGCCUAAUAUUAUUCUAGAAAUGGCAGACAACAUGAGGAUCGACUUCAUUCCGGCCAACUCCUUCCAGGGUUUCACAGACGAGUAUCUUGACAUGAACCUGGCUAGAAAUGGCUUCAAGGAAAUUAAUUCUCAUGCAUUCAAUGGAACCAAGCUCAACACAUUGAUUUUGAGAGACAACAGGUAUCUCAGUUACAUCCAAGAAGAUGCCUUCGAAGGAGCCACAGGUCCGACUUCUCUGGAUGUUUCCUCCACAGCUCUGAGUUCCCUCCCGGCUAAAGGGUUAAGGCAAGUGGGGUUCCUGAAAGCCGGCUCUACCUUUGCUAUGAAGAGCCUCCCUCCGCUGGAUAGCCUGUCUGAACUGAUAGAGGCUGAGUUCACGUAUCCCAGCCACUGCUGUGCCUUCCAAACAUGGCGUCGGAAAGAAAGGGAAAGUGCCUUGAAGAACUUUACAACAUUUUGUGAUCUAAUCAAAACAGAAACAAAGCCCGACUCGGAUGGCGUGAAUCCUCUUGACGACAUCAACUUCCAGUAUCAUGACCUGGAGUUUGAUUGUCUUAAAAACCCUAUCAUCAAGUGCACCCCGAAGCCAGACGCCUUCAACCCUUGUGAGGACCUGCUGGGCUUUCCCUUCCUGCGCUGCCUCACCUGGAUAAUCUCUUUUUUUGCUGUAACCGGAAACCUGGCUGUUCUAGUUAUUCUGCUCAUCAGCCACCGAAAGCUAACCAUCUCCAGGUUUCUCAUGUGCAACCUGGCUUUUGCCGAUCUGUGCAUGGGGCUCUACCUGAUGCUCAUCGCCUUCAUGGAUGACUACUCCCGUCACGAGUACUACAACCACGCCACCGACUGGCAGUUGGGGCCUGGGUGUGGCAUAGCGGGAUUUCUGAUAGUGUUUGCCGGUGAGUUAUCAGUGUAUACACUGACUGUGAUUAGCAUUGAGCGCUGGCACACCAUCAUCAAUGCCAUGCAUGUCAACAAGAGGCUGCGGAUGCACCAUGUGACGGCCAUGAUGGGGGUAGGUUGGGGUUUCUCUCUGCUGGUUGCCCUGCUCCCUCUAGUGGGGGUCAGCAGUUACAGCAAAGUGAGCAUCUGUCUGCCCAUGGACAUCGACACGCCGGGCUCGCAGGUCUACGUGGUGGCUGUGCUCAUCCUCAACGUUGUCGCUUUCAUCGUGGUCUGCUACUGUUACAUUUGCAUUUACCUGAGCGUUCACAACCCAGAGCAGUCGUCUACUCGUCACGGAGACACCAAGAUCGCCAAACGCAUGGCUGUGCUCAUUUUCACUGACUUUGUUUGUAUGGCGCCAAUCUCAUUCUUCGCCAUCUCUGCAGCCCUACGCAUGCCGCUCAUUACCGUCUCUAACUCAAAGAUCCUGCUCAUCCUUUUUUACCCCAUCAACUCCCUCUGCAACCCUUUCUUAUACACCAUCUUCACUCGGGCGUUCAGGAAGGACAUGCGCCGGCUGCUGAGUCGCUGCUUCUGCUGCGAGGCCAGCGCCGACUUCUACAGGUCACAGACUCUGGCCUCAAACCUCACCUGUACCGAAAAGACGUCCAACAGAAAACCUCACUCCGAUAGCUUCUAUGCCUAUCACAUCAAGAUGAAGGGUGGCUUUCUAGACAAGGGAACCACAUGACCAUCAAAAUAAGAGAAUUUUGUUUUGAACUUCAAGGCAGCACCAGCUGUCUCGUGAAAAAUGUAGCAUUUCUUCAAAAUUUAGGUCAGAUUGUUAGUCUUGUAUGUGGAAGGCGUCACAUUGGCUAUGUUUACGAUGAGAUUUUCAUCAGUCGGGACCAACAGACCACAAAUUGAAGAUAACAAGUGCUGCCGCCUCCACUUCCACAGGUGAUGUGCAAAGCAGCAGAUGGAGAAUAGGGAAAGCACAGGAAUGGGGAACUAAUCACACAGGCCAGCUCAUUUGUACAGCUAUCCAAAAAUCACAUGUCUGGUCAUGUAGUGAGAUGAAGUUACAUCCAACUGCACUUUAGUACGGUAUUACAAGAGAUUUAGUUCUAUUAAAGAUCAAGAAGUGGAAAGUUUAUUUAUUAUUAAAGAUUCAGUUCUAAGUUUGAAUGAAUGCAAUGACGUGAAUGUGAUCAAAUGUGAGUCAGUGUUUUUAGCUCAUUACAGAUGAGUUUUACUGCCAUCUAUUGGACUGUUGGACUCAAGAGACAAGCCAGAGGACCCACAGGAACUCAGUUAAACGUGUGGCCUGGUUUAUGAGAAAUAAUACUGCUGUUUAAAAUGUCCUCGAUUUGUAAAAUAACAUUUGAAUAAAAAGUUAACUGUGUUCAACAGAAAACAGCUGUCAGGAUAAAAGUAUAGUGAUUCACAUGCUAGACCUCCAUUUCUCUGCACACUUCCUUUCAGAGACUUACACACUAAUUAUGUUUUCAUUGCCGUUUGUCUGUCUGGUCGCAGAUUUACAUAAAAACUACUGAACCUUGGUGGAAGGCUGGUGUAUGGGCCAAGGAAGAAACCAUUACAUUUUGGAGCAGAUUCAUUUAAUGGGGCGGAUACAGGGCCUUUUUUUCCCCACUGUCUGUAUAAUUACGAGAUAGGGUGUUAGCCUUGGCACAGGGACGUGUUCUCCAAGUGUCCUUCUAGUUCCCCUUUGUGGUUGAUAGUUUACAUAUAUCAUUUUUGUGAACUCGACAUAGCAAUAGCAAAAAGUACGUUCCAAGAAUUAUGUGCUUUUGUUUGUUGGCAGGUUUACGCAAAACUACAGCACAGAUUCCCACAAAUAAGACCUUAUUAAAUAUUGGUGUAGAUCCAGGGGGCAGAUCCAGAAAUGUUCCACUUUCUUUAACAUUUGGAGAUAGUGUGUUAUUUCAACAUUUUCAGUUUCAAAGAAUAAUUCAUGGGUCUUAAUGGGUGAAAAAAAGACAGGCAUGUAUAGGGGACUGAUAUUGGAUCUGUAUUUAUGAAUGUGUGUAAUCCGGCUCCACUGCAUUUAAAUAUGUUUAUAUAACUGUCGGGCCUUGUUGGAGGUUUGACCUCUCGCAGUGCCAUUCUAGUUGUGUUGGUUGAGUUGUUGUUGGAGUUCUCAAACCACCUCCAAGUUUGUUUCAAGCCGUGAGUGACGUUUUGGUACCAAAACUCUUGUCAAGAAUUUGAAUAAA